AUGAGGGACUACGGUUUAGUAAUGAAGCGAACUGGGGCUGGGGCCGAGGUUUGGGACUGGCGCUGGGGCUGGUUCACCAUUGCUGAGGGUAGGCCUUUAAACAUGGCCACGUUCCGCUGAUGAGAUGGUUCAACACAACAUUUAGGAUAAAUAUUUGAAUGUACGUAUUUAGUCAAAUUCAAAUGCUUUUUAUUUCUUCUUUUAUUCUGUUGACAUUAGUGUAAUAUUGAGAUGAGUCACAGUAGGAAAUUUAAGAAUCGUGUUUUAAAGCAUUUCACCAGAUAGUGUUUCAGCAGCAUCUGUUGAUGCCUGAUAAGAUCAGACUGAUGGUGGGACAGUAAUAGAGAGUACUCAGACACUGACUGGGUGUUAUUGUAAGAUCAUUUAUUAUACGAUAAGAUCAUUUUAUCCAACAAGCAUGAAUCAUGUCUGAUAAUCUUUGUCAUGAGUCCUUUGUUGUUGUUUUUGCACCAGGUCAUUGAGUACGCUCUCAUCUCUCUCUUCCUCCUCCUCCUCUCUCUUCCUCCUCCUCCUCUCUCUCUUCCUCCUCCUCCUCUCGCUCUUCCUCCUCCUCCUCCUCAUCUCUCCUCAUCUCUCCUCCUCCUCAUCUUUCUUCCUCCUCCUCUCUCUUCCUCCUCCUCUCUCUUCCUCCUCCUCCUCUCUCUUCCUCCUCCUCCUCUUCUCUCUCUUCCUCCUCCUCCUCUUCUCUCUCUUCCUCCUACUCCUCCUCUCUCUUCCUCCUCCUCAUCUCCCUCUUCCUCCUCCUCUCUCUCUUCCUCCUCCUCCUCUCUCUCUUCCUCAUCUCUCUCUUCCUCCUCCUCAUCUCUCUCUUCCUCCUCCUCAUCUCUCUCUUCUCCUCCUCAUCUCUCUCUUCCUCCUCCUCAUCUCUCUCUUCCUCAUCUCUCUCUUCCUCCUCAUACCUCUCCUCCUCCUCUCUCUCUUCCUCAUCCUCAUCUCUCUCUUCCUCCUCCUCAACUCUCUUCCUCCUCUCUCUCUUCCUCCUCAUUUCUCUCCUCCUCCUCCUCUCUCUCUUCCUCCUCCUCCUCUCUGUCUUCCUCCUCUCCUUCCAGAUCCUCUGGUGAGUCGUUACCAUGUCCAGUGGAUGCCUGAGUACUGCAUCCACAACGAGACCAGAGGACCAGAGAAGUCAGUCACACAGGUCCGUCUCAUACCCCAAAUCAUCCUUCUAUCAAAGUACGGUCAUUGCUCCAAGUGUGUGUGGCUGUGUCUGGUUCAAAACAUGAAGCAGAUUAAAUUUAUUUAGGAAAGUAGCCCUAGUGUCGGAAACAAACAUCAUGUUGUCAUCCAGAGUCAUGUUUAUUUAUUUUCCAAGCUAUAGCACACUAUUUGACAUACAGUAGGUUUUUAAAGGACCAAAGAGUUUGGUCUGCUUUGUGUUUUCAUUUUUGUCAAGGAAAGAAUAUUGCGAUGCUGGUAUUGUCACAGCCCUACAACUCAGUGGUAUGCAAAGUGCCCGCCAGCUUUUUGUCUGGUAUUAAGAAAAUACAUCUCGUGUAAAGAAAAGGGCCCCACUCAGCGCCUCAUUCCUGCUGUGUAGCUUUGCAGCGGGUAAAUCAGUGACUGUUGUUUUGAUUAUGACUCAGUCGGUGUGGUCAAAUGUGGUGCGCUGCCCAAUAAAACACAUUUACUAAAACAAUGUUUUCCAGAAUGGGGGACCAUGCACCCCCAGCAUGAGCACAUUGGGUGCAGGGGCUGUGUGUGUGUGAGCUUUUUUCUCUCUCUGUGUGGGUCCGUGUGUGUGUGGGUCCGUGUGUGUGUGUGGGUCCGUGUGUGCGAGUUUGGUGGGGGUUGGGUGUGGCACUGAUUGAACUCGGCGCUGUUCCAGAAUGGCAUAGGCCUGGCAAUUAACACAUUCUUCAGGGAGCCCUUCUCUGGUUGCUAGGAAAUACACAUCCUUUUUGUAUAGAUCGCUGGGAAGGAUUCCAGCACGGCGCUUGUACUUGUCUCUUGUGUGUGAACAUGGCGCCUUGGUUGGUUUUUAAUCAGGGCUGUUGCAUAUCAGAGAGAACACACUCACCCUCUGAGUUCACGACUAUUAGUGUAGAAUGUCAUUAUUACAAAUGCAAUAUUUAAUUCCAGUAAGCUACUAAGAGAGGCACAUCCGAUGCUUAAAAGGGGUCUCUUUGCUGUUAUACAGAUUAAAACCAUCCAUUUUCGGUGGAUUGACAAUGGAACCCUGUUUAAAGUAUGCUCCUUUUUAAAUGAAGCCAUACAGAGUUGGCUACAAUUCAAAUGCUAUCCUCCAGAAAAGGCAGAACAGUUAUUACAGCAAAUAAUAUGGCUAAACUUCAAUGUACUGAUUGAGGGUGAACCAAUGUUUUUGAAGAGAAUGUAUAGUAUAAGGUAUCAUGUUUAUGAUGUACAUUGUAAUCAAUUAUGUUAAAAUUGUCAUACAAGCAAUUAAUCAAGGUGUAUGGAGAUGUAUGCUCAAUACAAAAUUAUAACCAACUCAUCGCAGCUCUGCCACAAAAAUGGAAGAGGCAAUUACUUAAAAGAGAAAAGAGUUUGUCUGCCACCAAUUAAAAAUCAUAAAUGGUUUAAAAUGACCAAUAUAAAUUGUAAAAUGUGUCAGUUUCAUUUACAGUCAAGAGGGUUAACAACUAUGCCGCAUAAAAUUCAAGAUAGUUGGGAACAGAUUUACGAUGUCCCAAUACCAUGGCAUCGGGUUUAUGAACUGAUAUACAAAACAACAAUUGACGCAUGAAUCCUUUAUUUUCAAUUUAAGCUAUUAUAUAACAUUCUCACUAUAAAAAUAAUGCUCUGUAUAUGUGGCAUUGAACAGUCAGCCUUGUGCAGGCUCUGCCACGCGGAAACAGAAUCAAUAGAAGAUCUCUUUUGGUACUGUCCAUCGUGGCUUGUUUUUGGAGUCAGGUCCAGGAAUGGUUGUUAUGCCAUAAUAUCAGGGUGCGGUUGGACCACAGUCAGUCAAUAGGAAAUAUCAUUGUGCUCUUGGAUAAAAUGUUUAUUUAUGGGGAAAUUUAGACAGAAAUGUUGCAGAUGGGGAGGUUCAAGUCCCUAGUGAGACACCAUGGUAGAAUGAAGGGAUGUAUUUCAUGAGGAAAAGGUAGAAUGAUAAUAAUAAUAAUAAUAAUAUGCCAUUUAGCAGACGCUUUUAUCCAAAGCGAUUUACAGUCAUGCGUGCAUACAUUUUUACGUAUGGGUGGUCCCGGGGAUCGAACCCACUAACCUGGCGUUACAAGCGCCAUGCUCUACCAAUUGAGCUACAGAGGACCAUGCACUGUCAACUGUGGGAUCUGUGGCUGUCUACCGAGAAAAAUGGGUUGAUCUGUGGCUGUCUUAAGGUUGGAAUUAAUGAGUGUGGGAAUAAAUACAUAGAGUGCCUUCGGCAAGUAUUCAGACCCCUUGACUUUUUCCACAUUGUGUUACGCCACAGCCUUAUUCUAAAAUGGAUUUUUUUUUAAAGAAUCCUCAGCAAUCUACACACAAUACCCCAUAAUGACAAAAUGAUAACAGGCUUUUAGAAAUUUUGCAAAUGUAUUAAAAAUAAAAAACAGAAAUACAUUAUUUAUAUAAGUAUUCAGACCCUUUGCAUCCCGUUUCCAUUGAUCAUCCUUGAUGUUUCUACAACUUGAUUGGAGUCCAACUGUUGUAAAUUAAAUUGAUUUGACAUGAUUUGGAAAGGCACACCUGUCUAUAUAAGAUCCCACAGUUGACAGUGCAUGUCAGAGCAAAAACCAAACCUUGAUGUCGAAGGAAUUGUCUGUAGAGCUCAGAGACAGGAUUGUGUCGAGGCACAGAUCUGAGGAAGGGUACCAAAACAUUUCUGCAGCAUUGAAGGUCCCAAAGAACACAGUGACCUCCAUCAUUCUUAAAUGGAAGAAGUUUGGAACCACCAAGACUCUUCCUAGAGCUGGCCGCCCGGCCAAACUGAACAAUCGGGACAGAAGGGCCUUGGUCAGGGAGGUGACCAAGAAUCCGAUAGUCAGUCUGACAGAGCUCUAGAGUUCUUCUGUGGAGAUGGGAGAACCUUCCAGAAGGACAGCCAUCUCUGCAGCACUCCACCAAUUAGGCCUUUAUGGUAGAGUGGCCAGACGGAAGCCACUCCACAGUAAAAGGCACAUGACAGCCCGCUUGGAGUUUGCCAAAAGGCACCUAAAGACUCUCUCAGACCAUGGGAAACAAGAUUCUCUGGUCUGAUGAAACUAAGAUUUAACUUUUUUGCCUCUCCCUCGUCCUCCAUUUGGCAAAUCUGACCAUAGUACUAUCCUCCUGAUUCCUGCUUACAAGCAAAAACUGAAGCAGGAAGUACCAGUCACUCGCUCAAUAUGAAAGUGGUCAGAUGACAUGGAUGCUAUGCUACAGGACUGUUUUGCUAGCACAGACUGGAAUAAGUUCCGGGAUUCAUCCAAUGGCAUUGAGGAGCAUACCACCUCAGUCACCGGCUUCAUCAAUAAGUGCAUCGACGACGUCGUCCCCACAGUGACCGUACGUACAUAUCCCAACCAGAAGCCAUGGAUUACAGGCAACAUCCACACCGAGCUAAAGGCUAGAGCUGCCGCUUUCAAUCAGUGGGACACUAAUCAGGAGGCUUAUAAGAAAUCCCACUAUGCCCUCAGACUAACCAUCAAACAGGCAAAGCGUCAAUACAGGACUAAGAUUGAAUCCUACUGCACCGGCUCUGACGCUUUUCGGAUGUGGCAGGGCUUGCAAACUAUUACAGACUACAAAGGGAACGAGCCUACCAGACGAGCUAAAUGCCUUUUUAUGCUCGCUUCGAGGCAAGCAACACUGAAGCACGCAUGAGAUCACCAGCUGUUUUGGACGACUGUGUGAUCACGCUCUCCUUAGCCGAUGUGAACAAGACCUUUAAACAGGUCAACAUUCACAAGGCCGCAGGGCCAGACGAAAUACCAGAACGUUUACUCAGAACAUGCGCGGACCAACUGGCAAGUGUCUUCACUGACAUUUUCAACCUCUCCCUGACCGAGUCUGUAAUACCUACAUGUUUCAAGCAGACCACCAUAGUCCUUGUGUCCAAGAAAGCAAUGGUAACCUGCCUAAAUGACUACCGCCCCGUAGCACUCAUGUCGGUAGCCAUGAAGUGCUUUGAAAGGCUGGUCAUGGCUCACAUCAACACCAUCAUCCCGGAAACCCUAGACCCACUCCAAUUCACAUACCGCCCCAACAGAUCCACAGAUGACGCAAUCCUAAUCGCACUGCACACUGCCCUUUCCCACCAGGACAAAAGGAACACCUAUGUGAGAAUGCUGUUCAUUGACUACAGCUCAGUGUUCAACACCAUAGUGCCCACAAAGCUCAUCACUAAGCUAAGGACUCUGGGACUAAACACCUCCCUCUGCAACUGGAUCCUGGACUUCCUGACCGGCCGCCCCCAGGUGGUAAGGGUAGGCAACAACAUCUGUCACGCUGAUCUUCAACACGGGGGCCCCUCAGGGGUGCGUGGUUAGUCUCCUCCUGAGACCCUGUUCACCCAUGACUGUGUGGCCAAGCACAACUCCCAACACCAUCAUUAAGUUUGCUGACGACACAACAGUGGUAGGCCUGAUAACCGACAACAAUGAGACAGCCUAUAGAGAGGAGGUCAGAGACCUGGCAGGGUGGUGCCAGGUCAACAACCUCUCCCUCAACGUGAGCAAGAAAAAGGAGAUGAUCGUGGACUACAGGAAAAGCAGGGCCGAACACGCCCCCAUUCACACCGACGGGGCUGUAGUGGAGCGGGUCAAGAGUUUCAAGUUCCUUAGUGUCCACAUCACCAACAAACUAUCAUGGUCCAAACACACCAAGACAGUCAUGAAGAGGGCACGACAAAACCUUUUCCCCCUCAGGAGACUGAAAAGAUUUGGCAUGGGUCCUCAGAUCCUCAAAAAGUUAUACAGCUGCACCAUCGAGAGUAUCCUGACUGGUUGGAUCACCACCUGGUAUGGCAACUGCUCGGCAUCCGACAGUAAGGCGCUGCAGAAGGUAGUGCGUACAGCCCAGUACAUCACUGGGGCCAAGCUUCCUGCUAUCCAGGCCCAAAAAAUGUUUAACGAUUCCAGUCACCCAAGUCAUAGACUGUUCUCUUUGCUACUGCAUGGCAAUCGGUAAUGGUGUGCCAAGUCUAGGUCCAAAAGGCUCCUUAACAGCUUCUACCCCCAAGCCAUAAGACUGCUGAACAAUUAAUUAAACGGCCACCCGGACUAUUUACAUUGACACACUGCUGCUACUCGCUGUUAUUAUCAAUGCAUAGUUACUUUACCCCUACCUACAUGUACAAAUUACCUCGACUAACCUGUACACCCGCACAUUGACUCGGUACCGGUACUCCUUGAUAAAGCCUCUGUAUUGUUAUUUUAUUGUGUUACUUUUUUAUUGUAUAUAUAUAUAAAACAAAUUUUUUGUAAAUAUUUUCUUAACCCUAUUUCUUGAACUGCAUUGUUGGUUAAGGGCCUUUAAGUAAGCAUUUCACUGUAAGGUCUACACCUGUUGUAUUCGGCGCAUGUGACAAAUAAAAUUAGAUUUUCUUUGAAUGCCAAGCAUCACGUCUGGAGGAAACCAGGCACCAUCCGUACGGUGAAGCAUGGUGGUGGCAGCAUCAUGCUGUGGGGAUGUUUUUCAGCGGCAGGGACUGGGAGACUAGUCAGGAUCAAGGCAAAGAUGAACGGAGCAAAGUACAGAGAGAUCCUUGAUGAAAACCUGCUCCAGAUUACUCAGACUGGGGUGAAGGUUGACUAUCCAACAGGACAACGACCCUAAGCACACAGCCAAGACAACGCAGGAGUGGCUUCGGGACAAGUCUCUGAAUGUCCUUGAGAGGCCCAGUCAGAGCCCAGACAUGAACCCGAUUGAACAUCUCUGGAGAGACCUGAAAAUAGCUGUGCAGCUACGCUCCCCAUCCAACCUGACGGAGCUUGAGAAGAUCUGCAGAGAAGAAUGGGAGAAACUACCCAAAUACAAGUGUGCCAAGCUUGUAGCGUCAUACCCAAGAAGAACCGAGGCUGUAAUCGCUGCCAAAUGUGCUUCAACUAAGUACUGAGUAAAGGGUCUGAAUACUUAUGUUAAUGUUAUAUUUCAUUUUAUUUUUUAUUAGCAAAAUUGUAUAAAAAACAGUUUUUGCUUUGUCAUUAUGGGGUAUUGUGUGUAGAUUGUUGAGGGGAAAAAACGAUUUAAUCCAUUUUAGAAUAAGGCUGUAACCUAACAAAAUGUGGAAAAAGUCAAGUGGUCAGAAUACUUUCCGAAGGCACUGUACACACGCCCAGUAUAAUGUUUGAGGUCCUCCAAUCAGGGGUGAGGGUGGGGAUGUGAUUAUUGUAUGUUUUGCAUUUAGUUAUUUAUGUUUUCUGUUUUGCUUUCACGCAGUGAGCGGUGGGUGUGCUGGUCCUGGUGGUUAUGGGUACGCUCGCUUCUAUGCCCGCCUGGGCGUUGGGUGGGGCUUGGUCCUUCCCGCCCUUGGAAUAUUCCUUUGGGCCGGGGCGAGGGCUUCGCCCUGCCGGUGUUUUGGGAUGGGUGGGGGCAAGCGCACCCAAUGAACAGACUGAUGGGAGCGGCAAUUCGUAUUAUUUUGUAUUAUAUUUUAUUGUUGUUGUUUUUAAUAAAAAGAUCAGCAACUCAGCAGGAAAUCUUCAUGUUUCCUGGAAAAAGAGGGAGGCUAUUAAUGUCUGAAACAAGGCUGUGGCAUUAGAAUGCAGAAAAUAAUUCAUGAACAUUGAAUGUACAUGUCAUUUUCAUUUCAAAUUACCUCGAAAUGCACUUGGGUCCCCUCGUCUUUAUCAAAUACCCCCUUUUAUAUUUGUGUUACACUUGGAACCCAUAAAAAUAAUAUAAUCAGUUUGCGUUGUAGUUUGAAUGGAGGACUAGUGGGUUAACCAUUAAAAUGUGACUGUUCAAAGUGGUUCAGUAAUGUGGGCCAUGUUCCAGGGCAUAGGGAGGGAACCUGAUCCUCUCUUGGCUCCAUGUAUUUAAUUAUCUGUGGUGGUUCCCCGGGACGUGACCUGGGCGACAUCAUGUCAGGGCUCUGAACGUUUAAUGUGUCUCUUGGCUCAGGAGAACUACAUCAACCUCCCGGGCCUGCUCUUCUCCUGCAAGUACAAAGUCACUGUUCACAUGCUCAAGUCCAAGAGGCGCACCAAGGAUGAGAGCACCACCUUCCUCACCCCAUCCUGCGCCACCAUCAAGAGCAAGAGCCACAAACACAUCCCCUGUCCCGGGGAGGGAGGUGAGUCAGCUGCUCAGUACAACCAGGUCAUAUUAUGGUCCUACUCUUAUUGUCAUGUUGCAUUAUGUGCCAGACUCCUAAGUUCUCCACACGGUUGUUGAAAGAUGCUUCUUCUUCUCAUGUUAUAGUAGAUUUUUGCUUUAUUUAUUUACUGUGACUAAUUUCUUCCCACCAUAGCCUAUACAGUUGAUAUUGUGCCAAGAACACAUGUCCAUCAAACAAGUAUUUUUCAACAUAGUUAUUCCGAACUCUCUCAGCAGCCCCACUUCCCAAAGUGUUGGCUAAGCCGGAGAAUCUGACGGCAUCCUUCUCCAUCCACGAGGGAAACAUCACUGGCAACUUUCUGUGGCGGGUGUCACAGGUCCUGGCCCAUCAACGAAUCACAGGCUUCCAGGUCACCUGGGCCGAGGUCACCACUGAGAGCCGACAAAACAGCCUGCCCAACAGCCUCAUCUCCCAGUCCCAGAUCCUGCCUCCAGUGAGUCUAUUCAACUCCGUUAUAUUCAAAUAACUAUUAUUCCUGUAACGGAAAUUCUUCUUUGGAAAGGUACAUGCACUCACUCACUUUUUAGAAUUGUUUAUACCAGGAUGUGACUAUUGUAAUGUAUUUGCUUUUGCUGUAGGACACAAAAGCUUAGCAAGGAUUUGAAAUAAAAUAUUAUCAAGAAUAUAUUGUACUUUUCCCAGGGAUACUGCCCUCUGUGUGCUGAAAGAAUAAGUGCUAUCUUCAGCAUUUCAUUAUACAAUGCCUGCCAGGAGUGGAGGUAAUUUAAGGAUACACUGCAUUGCCCUCUUUACAUGAAGAACUAGAUAAGCAGUGGUGUGCACUCACAGAGAGAGAGAUCUGAGGGAGGGGUGCUGAGUCCCGUUAGAAGUUCUCCUCCUCCCGUGUUUCAUCUACCUUCCCUGCUUCCUCUUUCAUCCUGUAUGAGCGCGCUGCAAAACCCACUGUUUUACAUAAUCUACUCGAUCAACAACACGUUCCGCCUGUCUGCGCCACCCAGUGAGCCGCUCGCAGCUCUAAAAAUAAAAACACCCAUCACUACACUCAGUUUAUCAGGCAGGGAAAGAGAGAAAACAGGAUAAAUAUUUAUUUGCCUCUGUGGCUGAAUAGAGAGCAGAUGGUGGAUGGGAUAUAGCCCACGUUUACUCAACAGCUAAUUCAACAUGUUAACUACAGAACGGACAAAAACUCUAGACUUCUAUGUGAAAAAAGUUAUACGGGGACCAGAAAGUGAUACUACCCGAAGUCCAACCAAGAUGAAUGCUUUAAACAACAGUCAACUGUAUAUGAGAAAGGUAUUCAGCCAGUCUUGGAGGACAAAUAGAAGUUGAUACAACAUUACUGUUCAAUUCCAUUACAAUUGUAGAAAAGGUUUCACGAAAGAAAAUGGAAACUGAUAGAAAAUGUCAUUAGUAUGAGUUCUUGACAACAACAACAAAAAAUCGAUCAACUUCGAUUUAUCCUUGGAGGUGUCUGAAUACCUCUUAUAUACCGGAUGUUAUAUCAAAUAAUGUUUUCUACAGUACUACCAAAGAUGGUUAAUGGUCUUCUCUUGUGCUGUUAACCCUUUCAGGACCAUAAUCUGCUGGUGGUGUCCAACCUGCGGCCAGCCACGUACUACAGACUGGAGGUCCAGGUGAUAACGUCAGGAGGGGAGGGUCCUGCCACCAUCAAGACCUUCCAGACCCCCAGUGUGCAACCAGUCCUGCAACACCGUAAGUACCAACUCACUGACCACUGACUACAACUGCUGCUCUCCUCUAGGCAGCCACAUGACUGUGUCCAACUAGAUUUAAACAGAGAUACCAUAGCUCAUUUGAGAAAAUCUGUGACUCUUCAGUGCCAUCUUCUGAGGUCAUCAAUGACGAGUAUAUUUCUUGCAUGACCAUAGAUGACUCUAUUUGGAUAAUUAUUCUGUAGUACCAUUAGGAACUGAUAUUGACAUGUAUUUUGUGUGUUGUAGGACCCAGACUCAGGCAGCACCAUCCACACCAUCAGAAGCCCUCAGCAGAGAGACAUUGAGACCCCUGACCCAUCAGACCCAGUGGGACAGGAACCAAUGUCUCUCAGCACCUUCACCCAGGCAGGGAAUACAGUGUGGAACCAAACAGCAACACAGCAAACACAGCAGACCAUGAACUCUGACCCCAACCUAUGUGAUAUGGGUUCACCUUCAGGCUGCACAGCAUAUGCUUUCCCCUCAGUCCUUUCUGAUUCCAUCCACUGACUGGGCACUCUGCACCAUACAGUCAGAUACAUACUGAUAUGUAGGACUCCCAUUAUUUGUGGGGCAGUAAGACUAAGUUGGUUAAGGAGUUAAGGAAUUCUCAAACUGUUUUGGUCCAAAAGAAACAAUAACAAAACAGUAUAUUAUCAAUUCCAAUUGUAUAUCUUUGUAUAUCUAGAACACAAAGGUUGUUAGAUUAUAAAAGGACAAGAAAAAGUAAUUCACAUUUUGUUUUAAGAUCAUGGUAACUAAACUGAAGACACGUUAAUAACAGUGGAGAAAACGCCAUACAAUUGUAAAACACAAUCAUGUAUUCAUUGAGAAAGGAGCGUUGGAGUUCACCUAUUUAUUUUGUUUUACCAAGUAAAAAGAUGGCGCUUAGGCAUACCGUAUGUACUGAUGAAUAAUGUAACUAAAACCAGUGUAGUUUAACCCAGAAUAUUUAUCAUAGUAUGUUCCAUGUAGAAGUACAUUUGAAUUUAAACUGUAAAUAAAUUACUAGCUUCAAAUUGAAUGCUUGUAAUGGUUUUGCAUGUCAAACAUUAGUGUUCUGUAGGCAUGAAUAUGUCUGUGUUACCUCUUUUGAAUAUGUUAGCAAUGUUUCAUUAACAGAUUAACAGAGAAUUAUAUGUGGAAUAAUAUGUCAUGUUUAUUAAUGAAAUUAUAACUUUGUGUGGAAAUUAUGGAAUUUUAUGUUCUUGGCUGUAGAAAUAUUUGUUGUGGAACAGUCAGUGAAUGUCUAUUUAUUUAUGUGUGUAUUACAAAGUUGGAUUUAUGUGUGUGUUGUGUUUUAGUCUAGUAUUUUUGAACCGGCAAAACAUCUUGUAAAGACAUUUUGUAAAAAUGGAAUUGUAAAUAUAGUCUCAUGUUACAUGUUAUUUUUCCAUGGUAGAAACUGUACAAACUGGUAAGUAAUAAAAUAAUCCUUAACCUA